AUGUGUUGGCCCCGGCUGGCGGGGUCGAGGGUGCAGAGGAGGGCGGCAGAGUUGGGGGUGAGCCCUGACAAAGUUUCAGGCGAUGACGUGGAGUUGGGCCUCUUUUCCUUCUGGGAGACUGACAACCUCGACAAGGAAUUGCCCGCUGGUGUAGGCAAGGCUUCAUCCGGCAGAAGUCGGCGCAAGGGAGUGCUCAUGAGCGAGGCUGAUGCCAAAAAACUCAGGGAGAUACGGAAAGGGACACCCGCGCAACAGGAGGCAGAGCGGUUGUACAGGACUGGCCAACAUCCCACCUCUGCUGAACUACUGCACCACCUGCGCCGUGUGGACUCCUUCUGA